GAUGGACGGAUCAAGCAUUACGACGGCAACGGUGAUCGACGAGUUAUAUGAAUUCUCGGCGCCGUGUUUCUUUGAUUUCAUCAGAGGAGAGUCCGAAGAUGAAGCGCGCACUGCCGAGCUCUGGUUUGAAACCGCCUUGACCUACGCUCCUUCUCCUUUUAUGGAUAGAAUCAAGGCUGGUAGUAGAUCCGUUCAUGUGGAGAGUCUCUGCAAUUUUAGUGAAGAAGAUCAAAUGCAGAAGAAUUCGGAAUCAUCGGAUGCAACAGCUCCUAACAGUAACUUAGAAGAUAAGAUUCAAGACGAGCUAGUGCCUGGUAAAGUAAAGGAUGAAGUUAAACCAGCUGAGGCAAUGGUUGAAUACAAUCAAAUGGUCACUGAGAUUGUUAAUGGUGAUGAUAAAGACAAGGAAAACAUUGGGACUAUGUGCGCUAAAGAAAAUAGAAGUGUCCUGAGUGAAAAAACGAAUUUAAAUGUUCCCGGUGAUGAAGAGAAGAGCGAAUCCUCUGUGCAAGUAGAAACUGAAGCUUGCACUCCUAAACCAUUGAUGGUUUCUCAGAAAAAACUGGUGAGCGAUAAGAAGCAUCAGACAGCUAAAAAGAUAGCUAGUAUGAUAAGGAACCCGUCAGCGUUGAAGCCGAAAACCAGAAAUGCUGGAACUCCUAAUCUGGCUCUAGAAAACCAAGCCAUUAAACGUCAGAAACUAGAUGAAGGAAGAUCUAGACAGAUCCUAAAUGUGAAACCCCAUAACUUGCUCCACAAGUCAAAGCUUGGUCUUACCGGUGGUAGUUCCAACAUGAGCUCUUCUACUGCUAAAACUGUUGGGAAAUUGGAUAGAAAGAUUUAUGUUCGAGAACAAGCAGCACCGCUUGUUUCAAUGGCAGAAAUGAUGAAAAAGUUCCAAUCAUCUACCAGAGAUUUGUCACUCCCUCACAGUUCAUCAUCAAAUAUGCCACCGCUGAAAUUGACAAGGCCUAAAGAGCCUGAAUUCGAAACAGCACAGAGAAUGCGCCCAGUUAGAGUGAAGAGCACUGCAGAGCUAGAGGAAGAAAUGAUGGCUAAAAUUCCGAAGUUCAGAGCAAGACCAUUGAACAAGAAGAUUUUUGAAGCUCCACCACUACCCUCAAUACCAAAAAGUACUCCAAAGCCUCCGGAAUUUCAGGAAUUUCAUUUGGAGACAAUGGCUAGAGCAACUAAGAAUGCAGAGACCUCUUCAGUAGCUUCAACAGAAGUGUCCCGUCAGAAUAAUCAAUGGAAACCUCAUCUCACAGAACCUAAAACCCCUGUGCUUCAAACUUCUCUGAGGGCAAGGCCUACAAAGGUCAAAAGUUCUAUUGAACUCGAGCAAGAGGAACUUGAAAAAGCACCUAAAUUUAAAGCAAGACCAUUGAAUAAAAAGAUUUUUGAGAGCAAAGGAGAAUGGGGAAUCUUCUGUAAUGCAAAAAAACAGGUGACUAUACCUCAAGAGUUCCAUUUUGCAACACAUGAGAGGAUACCACCACAAGCAUCAGUUUUUGAUUUAUUUGACGAGCUUUCUCUGAAUUCAGAAUCUGGCCAUGAUCCAAUUCCAAGAAAAACCAUUCCCAAUCCAUUCCAUCUCCACACAGAGGAAAGAGGAGCUGAAAAAGAACAGAAGUUUGUGAUGGAAGUUAUAGAGAAGCAGUUUGAAGAGGAAAGAAUCAGAGUCCCGAAGGCUAAUCCAUAUCCAUACACCACUGACUACCCUGUGAUUCCUCCGAAACCCGACCCGAAGCAAUGUACAAAACCAGAACCCUUCCAAUUGGAGAGUCUGGUGAGGCACGAGGAGGAGAUGAAAAGAGAGAUGGAAGAAAGAAAGAGAAAGGAGAAAGAAGAAGCUCUGAUGAGGGUCUUCAAGGCUCAGCCGGUUCUAAAAGAGGAUCCAAUUCCAGUUCCAGAAAAAGCUCGCAAGCCCCUAACACAAGUGCAAGAAUUUGACCUCCAUGUCAAUCAUAGAGCAGUGGAGAGAGCAGAAUUCGAUCAAAAAAUUAAAGAGAAGGAAAUGAUUUACAAGAGAUACAGAGAGGAGAGUGAGGCUGCUAGAAUGAUCGAGGAAGAGAAGGCAUUGAAGCAACUGAGAAGGACAAUGGUUCCCCAUGCUAGGCCUCUUCCCAAGUUCGAUCAUCCUUUCUGCCCUCAAAAGUCUUCCAAGGAGACAACAAAACCGAAACCGCCACGUCUACGAGUUCUCCAAAGAAUCGAAAGGAAGAAAAGGUUCGGUUCGCUCAACGCUCCGACUUCCAGUCCGGCCACUCUUAUGAGGUGAUUCAUGAUUACGGUUUCUGGAAAUACCAUCCCGGGCAGGCAGCGCUGCCGCCACCACCCGAAGGGGUUGUUCAAGAACUUUUGAACCCCUUUGUGGAACAACUCAAGGCAGCUACCAUUAACUGACAUUUUUUUUUCAGAUUCCAUUUGUGUAACAUGUACAAUUUUUGAACUCAUA